CGUCCUAUCUAUGACAGAACAUAUGUUUUGCAACUCUGCAGACAUAGUUACACGUGAUUAGUUUAGUCAGCUAAUCGUGACGGUUCUCGUUUCGAGAACGAACAAGUCGAAGGAUCAUUGCGAACAUCAAGCUCACUGGAGAACAAUGCUUCUCCAUCAAUUUCCUUCAGUGGCUAAAAGGUUCACAUUCUUUCUCCUUUCUUCAUAGAGGAGGCUAGAACGCAACGCGAAUUGCGAGAGUUUAGCAAUUCAGUAUCAAAUGCUCUUCAACUCCGUAACGCAAUAUCGACUCGUUGCGGACCGUCCGUAUUCUAUACCAUACUGCCAUUGGUUAACAGAUACUCGAUACCGUGUUUUAGGGCUAGAAAAAAGCAUUUCAAGUCCUGCAGAUGGAUAGGUUUACUAACGCUCGAGUAUAAAUAGUCUGGCAGAUUUACCAUAACCAUUCAAUUCCCUCCACGUUUCGCUUCUGUGCGGUACAGAAAGAACUGUGACAAACUCUCAUCAUGUUUAGGUUCUUGGUGAUCUGCGGUUGCUUGUUGGCGGUCGGACAGGCUGGCGUGAUCGGCGGGGGUCUGCUCGCGGCGACCGCUCCCGCUGCGCUCGCGGUGCAGCAAGCGGCGGCUCUCCCUCUGUCCGCGGCGACGGUCGCGCUGCCGACGAUCGCGACGUCCAGCUCCAACGUGAUCCGGGGUAUCGGUAACUUAGACGCCAUAUCGGCCUACUCGAAGAGCGUAGACACGCCGUUCAGUAGCGUCAGGAAUGCAGACGUGCGCGUUAGCAAUCCAGGAAUCGUGACGGCGACCGCUGUGCCCGCGCCUGUAGUCACGGUCGCAAACACUGCUCUCGCAGCUCCUGUCGCCACGGCCGCGCUCGCCGGUCCCACGGCGCUGCUCGCGCCAGGACUGACAACGGCGUUCGCAGCUGGACCGGCUCUGACCACCGGGUUGGCAGCGGCUCCCCUGGGACUCAACGGUUUGGCACUGAACGGCCUGGGGGCGGUUAAAGUCCUCUAAGGACCGUCGCUCGGCCGCGGCUCGUCGGGGACGGCUCGGCAGCUCGAGCCUUCGACGUUGCCAACCGCGCUCCCACUCUCGCGGUAACGAAGAAUCAUUUCCACGACGCAAACGAACUACAUGUCACAGAAUGUAAUAACCGAAUAUCGAGUAAAUAUAAAACC